UCAGCUUUGUGAAACGGCAAGCGAAAUGUCCGAUUCCGCCGGCGAUAAUUCAAAACCUCGAGUAGUAGUAUUAGGAGGGUGCGGCUUCAUUGGUCGGAACCUGGUCGACUAUUUGAUAACAAAUGAUUUGGUGAGUUGGUUACGUGUGGUGGACAAGACUCCACCGCAACUGGCUUUUUUAAACUCGGCGCACACUAAGGCUUUUGAAGACCCCCGCGUUGAAUAUAAAAGUGCAAAUCUUAUUAAUCCAACAUCAUGUGCAAAAGCGUUAGAGCCAAAUGGAUCCCAAUGGGACCUAGUAGCCAACUGUGCGGGCGAAACGCGCGUGGGGCAGAUGGAGGCAGUUUACACGGAGGGCAUCUUCACACUCAGCGUGAACGUCGCCAAACAGUGCGCCAACUUGAAAGUACCAAGAUUGGUUGAAAUAUCCAGCGGGCACAUGUAUAGCAGUGAUAAGCCACAAAAUGAGGAUUGUCCUGUGGAACCGUGGACGGUGGAGGGUCGUAUGAAGAGUCGCGUUGAGCAGGAACUCAAGAACAUGCAAUCAGAAUUGAACUACACUAUACUUAGACCGGCCAUUGUCUAUGGAGUGGGAGACAGGAGGAGCUUGACCCCGCGCCUACUCUAUGGCGGUAUAUACAAGCAUCUGGGCGAAACGAUGAAGCUACUCUGGACGGCCGACUUAAAGAUGAACACGGUCCACGUCAGCGACGUCUGCCGCGCGAUAUGGGUCCUCGGCAAUGAGCCCGAAGCGAACUGGAAGACGUACAACGUCGUCGACGACGCGAACAGCACCCAGGGCAGCCUCGCAGAGCUCGUGUCGGAGAUAUUCAAGAUCAAUCACGACUACUACGGAACGGCUAUAUCCACUCUGGCUAAGAACGAUAUCGCUUCGGUGGCGGAGGAGGCGAACGACAAGCAUCUGACGGCGUGGGCGGACAUCUGCCGCAAGUACGGGCUGGCGCACUCGCCGCUGGAGCCGAGCGCGGGCGCCGAGCUGCUGCUCAACAAGCAGCUGUGCCUCGACGGUGCCGCGCUGCGCCGCCACCUCGCGCCCGCCGUGCCCGCGCCCUGUCGCGCCGCGCUGCUCGAGGUACUUCAAGACUACGCUUCCAUGAAUCUCUUCCCCCAAGAACUCCUGCUGUGACCGCCGCAAUACUAAUGACUUCGAUUCGAAGCUAUUUUUAUGAAAUUUUAUAAUACGCUCCAUAUUAUAUGCGAUUUUUGAACCUUUACGCGACCGCUGCAGCGGAGCUGAGCUUAUCGUAACUGAAGACAUUAACUUGAAACGAAAUUAUUUUAAUCAUUUACAUAGUAGAUUAUAUCGACAACCUUCGCUGCCUUAUCGAAAUUAUUUAAAACUUGUAAUGACUUUUAACAUUGAUAAAAUUUUAAAUUCACUACGAAGUUGUCGUUUAUAACAUUAUAAAAUCUUUGACAAAAAGGACGAACAGUCCAAACUAUCCAGGGUUUGAAUUUAUAUUAAUAAGGUUUCCAUACUGUGAUAAAAAAUAAAUUUUAACGGGCAGACAAAUUGCCCAACAUUUGGUCAAACUAUUUUGUACAUAACUCGGAAUAUAAAAACAGUACUAAUCAUAGACGUAAAAAAUUAAGACUGGCAAUACCAAAAACCACGUCAUAUGUUUUUUUUUUCUCGAAAAAAUUUUAACGAAUUUUUUUAUAACUAAAUCCCAUCCGGUAGGAAUUACUUAAAUUAACUUUGAAAAGUGAAUUAUUUGUACUUAAUACGAUUUGUAUCCUUACCAUUAUUUUUACUAUUCAUUUAAGUACUUAAUUUUAAAGUAUAUUAAGAGAAAUUGAAAUUAAGAAAAUACUUUAUUCAAGUAAUAAACUAUUUUAUAUGAAUAUUUGUAACAUCAAUAGAUACGUCAUAUUAUAUAAUCUAUGAACUAAAUACAGAUACUUAUAAAUAUUCGAAAACUGUCAAUUUUUCUAAAUAUUGUACGUCGAAAUUAAGAUCCAGCCAAAAUUAAAAAGUAUCACAAAUAAUAUUUGUCUUCGAACAUUAUUUAAUUAAUCCUGUUAAAUUAUCGGCGUGUAUUAAUUAGUAUGAGUGACGUUUGUUCUUAAAAGAUGUCAAAGCGUGCGUGAUAUUACUAAUGUAAAAACAUUACAACAAAAAUCAAUUUAUAUAAUAUUUGCUAAUUAAUGCCCACCGAUAAUUUAACGCGGUUGUGUGCCUUCGUGACAGAACAGAUCUAUAUAGUAGUGACAAAGAAAUCCAAGUAUAUUUCAUAUUAAAAUUAAGAUGUAUUAAUGAUCAUUGGUGUACAUUUACAAAGAUUAUAUAUUUUUAUUGUUUUUAAAUUCGAUGAAUAGUAUACGAAGGCGUAUCUGCGUUAUUCACAAAUAAUAUUCGUCAUUUAUAUACAUUCCGUACAUUCAAUUCUUACUAUUCAAAUAUUUAGCAUUUGAAAUAGACGUAUGUACAUGGAUACCACCGAAAUAAUGAGGAUUCUAUUAUUUAAAUAUAUUUUAUUUUUUUAAUAAUUUUGUGAUUCUCUAUAAGCUGGCUGCGACGAGUUCUUCGUCUGCUUUUAAGCUGUUUUUAUCUUGUUAUUUUUAAAAAGUAAAAAUCAGUAAUGACUGUCAACUAAAUAUAUUAAUUAUAGUAUUGGUUACGGCAAAUAUUCGGAAAAAGAAAAUAUUGAAUAGCUUUGAAUAGACUAUUUUGUAUUCGGCUGGAUCUAAAUGAAUUGGAAUACAUUAUUACUUAAGUCUUUAAUUGAAGUAUGCUUUUGUAUAGUCAGCAAAAACUAACUACAAAUUCGAUUUGAUUUCUAUUUUCUAACUUUCAAUUGAUAAUUUAAUACGACACUUGUGUUUUAUGGUUUUAAAUCACUCCUAAAAAAACCUAAAAAUAAAAGAUUACUUUUUGCUGACGGUACAUAUAUUUUUCGUUUAUUAACGAAAAACUGCUCAACUGUCAAAGCUUAUAAGUUUUAUUUGCUUGUAUUUUAGGAAUGCUUAAUUAUAAGACGCAUUUUGAAACAAAGUUUCCUGCAAUGUUUUCCUGAUUUUGCAUUUAAAUUCGUAACCGAGCUACGGUGUAUUCGGUCUUAUGUAAUUAUUUGCAAAUAAAUGUAUU